AUGAAUACGACUGGCUUAGAAUAUUCUCAAGCAGCACCCUCAAUGUGGUUAGCUAGGAACAAAAUUAAUAAAAUUUCAAUUAUUAAAUUUGUAGCAAUACGUACGAUACGAUCGGAUCUUCCAACAUUUUUCGAACGUGGUCUUACUGAUACAUCAAUAUAUUCUCAAAAUAUUCUUCUAUCUGAUCCUUAUCAUACGGGUCUAUAUGUACGCGGAAAGCACGUAUAUUUUGGAAUUGCUAAUUUAUUAAGGUGGAGUUUAAUUUGGUAUUUUGACGAUUUGACGCUAGAAAUAGUAAAGAUUCAUGUAGCAGAUAAUAGUACGGAUGAUAAAAAUGGAUCCGGAAAAGACAUUUUAUUCAAAGACACUACUUGUGACGCUCAUCCAAUACCAUUAUUAUCCUUUUCCACUUCUGAUAUACAAUCUUACGAUAGAAAUAUUCGACUUUAUGUUCGUUGGGAACUUGAAGGAACCCCCAGGUCUUAUUAUAUUACCUCAAUGUUAUCUUCGCGUAGCACUCAAAUUCCACGUUCAUCUUUCUCUGGUAUUUUUGUUUAUAAAUUUGGUUCUAAAAAUGGAUUGGUAACUGAACAUCAUGUAAAACAUAUAGUACCUGCUCCAAGUCGUAAAGCAGUACUAUACCAAGGGUUUGGUGGGCUUGGUGGAUUGAUGUGGCGACUUCGUAGUGGUUUAAGGCAGAAAAAUGAGUGGGGUGUAGGUUUGGGAAUAGUUGGUGCUAAAAAUCAGAUAAAUGUAAAGUCUUCCAAAGAUAAAAAUGAAAAUCAUAACUUCAGCUUAGAAAAUUCAGACCAAACCCUUCAGGAAAGGGAGGAGGAUCUCGAGGAUGGCGGUGACUUAGACACCGAGGAGCUACUGGCUGCGAUGGCUGAGAAUUCUUCUGAUCAAUUUUCAGAAAUUCCACCCGAAGAGAUAGAGGAUGAAGAACUUUUGUUAGAUGAUACAUUAUCGCCACUUGAGAAGAUAUUCCUAUACGUGAAGAGCGAUUUAGUAUUCCAUAGAGUGUUCAUUGCAAAGGAACUGCCGUCACUGAUAAAAGAUGUGGAAAUAAGCGAGGCUGUUGAAUAUGUACUGCCUUUGAUGAAUUCAUUAGGAACAGACCCUGAGGAUCAUGUCCGCGAAGCAUUCGUUCCUGAACUAGAUAAAAUUAUAUGGUUUUAUUAUUCAAAUUGUCCACUAAGAGAAAUUACGACAGAAAUUACAUCAGAUAAUAUUCAGAAUGAUAAUGCUUCAGCAUCAAGGCCUUUGACUCCACAAAGACCGCAAACACCCCAAAGACCUCAAACACCCCAGAGACCACAGACACCAAUACAACAAUCAUUGCCAUCACAACCACCAACUCCGACUAACCAUUUGCCAUAUCUAUCACCAGCUGCCUUUACUCCUUUGCUUCAUGCAUUGCUCCUUGAUCAAAACACUGGUAUUGCACAAGCAGCUCAAAAUGUUAUACAAUCUCUAGUUGAGAGAAUACUGGAGGAACCAGAUGUUAAUCCCAAAGAAAAAGAAUUGCUAGAAAAAGAAACUCUAGAGGGUGUUGUUUUAGGAAUAGGCCGUCUUGAUCAAGAGAAGGUAAAGAGAGAGGAAUUAAAUGAAUGGGAGACUGAAGGUGACGAUACAAGUGUUGGUGCUGUCACUGGUAUUGAAGAAGAAGUUGAGCUAGGCCGAAUGACAAUGAUGUCGUUAAUAUCAUCUUUAGCGCCGAUCGUUGGCCCAGAAAGAUGUAUCCGCUUGUUUGUACCUGAAUUAGACAAAAUGAUGGAAGAGCCAGUGUUCUAUGUACGGAAGGAAGCGGCCUUAGCAAUUGGAAAUUUAGCUAGUGUAUUACCUUUGGAUAUAAUAACUUCAAAAUUGCUUCCUGGAGAAAUGAAAUCGGACCGAGCUGUAAAAGGAAUUGAAAUAUUUGCUGGUGAUGUUAGUCGUAGCGUACGUUCUGCAGCCGGUGAAAUUAUUGGGGAAUUGAUUGCUACUUUUCAACCUGAUGAUAAAGUUCCUGAAAGUUUAGUACAACAUUUUUUAAGCCUUGGACCGGUUAGGGAAAGCAGUCUUAGUAAUGGUGUUAUUAGUAGUACAUAUAGCAAUAAUCUUGGGCAGAGAGAUCCGGAACGUCCAGUUAUAUGUGCAUUUAAUUUUCCCGCUGUUGUUCUGACAUUGGGGGAAAGUAGUUGGGAUAAUUUGAAAGAUACAUAUAUCCCCUUGACUCGAGAUAUGCAGAUUAAAGUACGAAGAUCAUUGGCUUGUUCGCUUCACGAGAUAGCAAAAGUCAUUGGCCCAACGAAAACGGAGAAUGACUUGCUUAAUGUUUUUACUUAUUAUUUGGAUGACAUUGACGAGGUUAAGUCUGGGCUUAUAGAACAUCUUGCAGAGUUUAUUGAAUGUUUGCCACAGUCUACUCGUAACAAUUAUUUGCCAUCGCUGAAUGAUGUUUGGGAUGGCGUUAAAAAUCAUUGGCGAUUAAGAGAUGAGAUCACAAAACAAAUACCUGAAUUAUGUCGACUAGUGGAUGGACAAUGCGUAAUAAGUCAUAUAUUACCGUUGACAAUACGCGCAAUUAAAGAUGAAGUAGCUAGUGUUAGAGAAACUGCAGUUGCCAGUUUUCCGGUUCUUUUUGAAGUUGUGCGAAAUGACGAAUCAUGUCUUCGUGACAUGAUAAAUUGUGUGUGUGAUUUUGUUUCCGAUGCCGGAUUUCGAGGAAGAGUGAUUUAUGUACAAAUAUGUAAUGCACUCAUUUCCACUGGAUAUUCAAAGGCUGAUUUUGAAAAAUAUUUUUUAAAUGGUUUGGAAAAACUUUCGAUAGAUAAUGUAGUAAAUGUCAGAAUUGCAUUAGGAAGACUUGUCGGAGAACUUUGCCAGCUAGAGCAAUAUUAUCAAAAUCCGACAACUCGUCCUCCUCAAAUAAUUUCCUUAAUAAAUAAACUUACUGGAGAUUCAGAAGUCGAUGUACGUAACUUCGUGCUCCCACUUCCAUUACCCGAAGAAAAGUCGAAAUGUUAA